GUUUCGGUGUUUCCAUCAUUCACUCCAUCAUCACAGUCCAAAGAUAGCGGCAGCACAGCUCCAGAACCUUCACUUCAACGUCAUCAUGAAGCUGGUCAUCCUCCUCACCCUGGUGGCUGCUGCCGCUGCCAGCUUCUCCCCCUACUACUACUACAAGAACAACUACUACUACCCUUACCACCGGGGUGGCUUCCGUGCCCUGAGCGGCCUCGGUGGCCUGAACAGCUUCGGUGGACUGAAUAGCUUCGGUGGACUGAACAGCUUCGGUGGACUGAGCGCCUUCGGUGGUCUGAAUGGCUUUAGCAAUGGCUUCGGAAACUUCGGCAGCUUCGGCCACGGAUUCAGCGGAAACUUUGGCCACGGCUUUGGUGGAAUCAACAGUGCCUUCGGCCUUGGCCUCGGCAGCAACUUCGGCCUUGGACUCGGCAGCAACUUCGGCCUUGGACUCGGCAGCAACUUCGGCCUUGGACUCGGCAGCAGCUUCGGCCUUGGACUCCGCGGCAACUUUGGCGGCAGGGGAAGAUACGGAUGCCACUACGGAUACUACUGCUAAUCGGCAUAAAAAGGAAUCGAACGAUGUGUAUGUAGUCGGUGCGUUGACUGGCUGUUCCAUAACCUCUUCAUUGCUACUUUAUGUGGGUUUUGUGAUGGUGCAUUGACUGUGUUCCUAUGGCCGUGCUUCUCUGUCAAAUAAAAACUACCUAGCU